ACCAAACAUAACCCUAUUAUCUGUACUUUUUCGGUUAAGGGAAUAGCUGCCGCUGCAGAGGAGGGAGUUGAACGGAGCCAAACAGGCAGAGACAUUUCAAAGAGAGAGAGAGAGAGAGAGAAGGUGUGUGAAAUGAUCUCAAAGACCCACAAAUGCCAGAAACAGAACAUGUAAUCUUAAGAGGGAGAAGAGAGAGGCAAACGGAAGGUUGAAUACAGCGAAGCAGAUGUUACGGAGUCCCAACCCCUCUCACACGCAGCCGAUAAUUUCUAUAUAAUAUUAUAUAUACAUAUAUGUUUUUUCUUUCUUUGUUAUAACACAGAGAAAAGAGAGAGAGAAAGUGCCGAUACAGCGAAAAAGGUUGGGUCUUGGUCUUGAUAUUUCAUUGGGCAACCUUGCCUACUACUGUUGUGGGUUCCCACUAGCAGCUUUUUUGUCUUUCUUUUACUUCUUUUAUUCCCUUCUUCCUUCUUCAUCCUUUUAUCAUAUUUCCCUCUUUCUCUCUCUCUCUCAGUUUUGCUAUAACUUAGUAUAAGUUGUAGUAUAAUAUAUUUUAUAUCUGUUGGGGAAGGGUUUUUCUUCUUUUCUUUCUUUCUCUUCUCUCAUUUCCUUUUCCGCCUUCUCAAUAGUAAUGAUUUUCUCGUUACGGGUAUCGCUGUUGAGGAAUCUGAGGAGUUUUGGUUGUGAAAAAGUGGCAGUUAUAGCAUUAGAAAAACAACAGCCAGAAGAACUUCACCAAAAAAACAAAAACAGGGUACACGAGCGCACGAGUGCUUAAGGAAGGGCAACGCAAAGUUUAAAAAAAAAGACACAGAUUUUAAAGGUUGAUUGAUGUGAUCAUCCAAACAAACGGCUCUAUCAAGUCCCCCUAUUAUUUUUUUUUUAAUUUUCUUUUACCAUUUUUUUUACCACUCUAUAUUUGGCUUCUGGGGAGGUUUGGUUUGUUUUUGGUUCUUGGUUCUUUUAGACUUUUCUCUUGAAUCACCAUCUUUUUUUUUUCCUGUUUUAUUUGGGAGACUGGUCUGUUUUUCUAUGUCUCAACAAAGGCAAUUUCAGAUGAUGGGUGGUAACAAUCCAGGGCAGUAUAAUGACACAACUUUUACGAAAAUCUUUGUUGGUGGAUUGGCUUGGGAAACUCAAAGAGAUACCAUGAGGCGUUAUUUUGAUCAAUUUGGAGAGAUUCUUGAGGCUGUGGUAAUCACAGAUAAGAACACUGGGAGAUCCAAGGGUUAUGGCUUUGUUACCUUUAAGGAUCCAGAGGCAGCUAUGAGAGCUUGUCAAAACCCUUCUCCUAUCAUUGAUGGAAGGAGGGCAAAUUGCAAUCUUGCUUCAUUGGGUGCCCAAAAGACUCGUCCACCAACUCCUCAACACGGGGCAGGACGGUUCAGACCAGCACCUGGAUUGAUGGCACCGCCUGCUUAUCAUGGUUCCUCGUCAACUUAUGUCCAACAACCUACUGGUCAAUAUUCAAUUCCUUACUCAGCGUAUGGGUACACUGGGUAUGCACAAGACAGCAUUUAUCCUUUGAACUAUUAUAGUCUCUAUGGAGGCCAACAGUUUUCACCUUACUACGCUACCGGGGCAUCAGUGACACCGGGGAUGUUUCAUAAUUUUUAUCCAUUUUAUGCUCAAUAUGCACAAAAUAGCCAAGCUCAUAGUUUUGGGGUUCAAUAUCCCCAAAUGGUGCAAUAUCCUUAUUUGCCUCAGCAGUAUAGCUCCACGGGAAUCCUAUCACUUCCCUCUUCAAUGCCUAUGGCAGCAACUACCGCAGGUGUUAAUUGUCAAACAAAAUAUGCAGCAGGUAUUGCAGCAACUAAUACAGCAGCAACAACAUCAUCAACAGCCACAAUAAAAACAACAUCACCAGCAACAACAGCACCACUUCCAGCAGCAGCAGCAGUAACAACAACAACAACUGGGGUGGUGGCAACGGGGCCAGGUCCUUCACGGGUUUCAGGGACACCUACUGAAAAGAAGCCAUCAAGUUAAUCUGUCUUGAGGGAUACAGUUUCUUUUACAAGACAAUCAAGAUCUUUUGGAAGGGACGCAAAGGUUGAGGAAAAGAGACAUUUGAAUAAAAAGAAUACAACAAGUUAUUGAUUCAAAAGGAAGGAUGCUUCAUGCCUGAUCACCAAGCAUAACAAGAGAUGGAAGUCAAAGGAUAUCAGCACCGGAUUUUUCGUUCAUGGAACGGGCAUUUUAGAUGUAAAGCUCGCUCCUCUAACUGUCUACUAUUCAUUCUCCAUUCAUGCCCAAUAGGAUUGUCUUAUUGUCAUCAUCUCCAGUCACCAAUUCAGGAUACAUGUUUGGUCUAGGAGAGUAGGGAGUCUUAAUUAGUUGGUAGCAUCAGGAUUAAUUAGAAAUCAUAUUCAUUCAUGUAUUUGCAUAAGGUGGAAACCAAAUAUUGGCUUUGGAUUCUACCUUAGACACUAAUUAUUAGAUGACUUUGUCUCGGUUGCAGAGAGCAUCCGAUGACAGUCUUGUUCAUAUCUUGUAGCAAGUGGUUCAGAAGAUUGAUUUUGUAUCUUUGAACCCAAAUUUGAUUGAUUGGUCAAGAAAAAGGGCGAGCUCGGAUAGCUCACCCAUUAACUUGUAAUUUUUAUUUUUUUGGUUUGUCCAUUAUUCACGAUUGAUACUUUUCAAAGAUAGGAUUAGUUGGGAUAAAUAAAAUGGUGUCAAUUUCUUUCUUUAACAGAUAA